GCGGGCCUGGCCCAUCCCGGGCUUCAAAACCGCCACCCGCCUAGCGCGGAGCUUCCCUGCUCGGCCCUGGCUGGGGCGGCGCCGAGUGCCCCCGGCCCGGUGUGUUGGGAUCAUCACCCACCGGCUCAGCCGGAGCUGCCGCGGGGCCGGGGCCCGGUUCAGGCUCGGGCGGGCCCGCAAAGUUCGGCCCGGCCGCAGCGCGAGCCGCGGGGCGGUUCAGAGCCGGGCGGAGCCGAGUCCCCGCCAUGGAGCACCCGAGCGGGCCGGUCGGCCUGGAGGCGGCGGAGCCCCGAGCCGAGCGGCGACCUUCGGGGACCCGCAGAGUGGGCGGUAUUGUGAAACCUCGUCUGAGCUAUAGCAGAGAGCUAGAAAUUAAAACUACCCUUCAGGAACUGCUGAUCUACAUCAUUUUCCUUACAGAUCUAUGUAUAUUGACAUUUGGCAUGGUGAACACAGACAUGUAUUACUUGAACAAAGUUAUGUCAAAUCUCUUUCUGGAAACCUCUGUGUCUGAGACAGAUAGAACUUCCUUCAAGACCAUAGGCAGCAUGGUUGAUUUCUGGAAGUUUGCAGAAGGACCCCUGCUUGAUGGUCUCUACUGGGACACAUGGUACAACAACAAGACAUUGACCAGCCACAAAAACAGCAGUCAUGUUUACUAUGAGAACUUACUUUUAGGAGUAGCCCAGAUUCGUCAGCUAAAAGUCCGCAACAACACGUGCGCCAUCUAUCCCUAUUUCCGAACAUUUCUGAAAGAGUGUUAUCGCGAAUACCGCUAUGUAGCUGAAGAUAAAUCUGAUUUUGGUCUGAAGAAUGGGUCUGUAUGGACGUAUUCCUCUGCAUCCUCAUUGGCCCCCUGGCACUGGGGAGCCAUGGGCCUUUACAGCGGUGGAGGAUUUAUGUUCACCUUACCUAAAUCAAGGAGUGAGAGCAUAAGGAAGCUUGCGUUUCUCAGACGUAACGGCUGGCUCACUAGAGGGACAAGAGUCGUAUUUAUUGACUUCUCAGUGUAUAAUGCCAACAUAAACCUCUUUUGUGUAGUCAGGUUGGUAGUGGAAUUCCCAGCCACUGGUGGUGCUCUUCCUUCUUCGCAGUUUUACUCAGUAAAGCUUCUCAGAUACGUCACUUAUUACGAUUAUUUCCUUGCCUCUUGUGAAGUCAUCUUUUGCCUCUUCAUCUUUACUUUCAUCAUCCAAGAAAUUUUAAAAGUUAAAAAACUGAAAACGGAAUAUUUUAAAAGUGCCUGGAACUGGCUGGACAUGCUGCUGGUGUCGCUGUCUAUCUUUGCCAUUGCCUUCAAUAUGUACCGUACUGUAGAGGUGUCCUUGCUGAUGGAAAGCCUGCUCUCUAAUGCCUAUGUGUAUCCAGACUUUUAUUUCCUUGCAUACUGGCAAACCCGUUACAACAACAUGAUUGCUAUCAAUGUCUUCUUUGCAUGGAUAAAGAUAUUUAAGUUCAUAAGCUUUAACAAGACGAUGACUCAGCUGUCUUCCACUUUAUCCCGCUGUGCCAAAGACAUCAUCGGAUUUGCCAUCAUGUUUUUCAUCAUAUUCUUUGCCUAUGCACAGUUAGGCUACCUGGUCUUCGGGUCACAAGUUGAUGAGUUUUCCACUUUUCAGAACUGCAUUUUUACGCAGUUUCGCAUAGUGCUGGGUGAUUUUAACUUUGCGAGCAUAGAGCAAGCCAACCGAAUUCUCGGCCCCAUUUACUUCAUUACCUUCGUGUUCUUUGUGUUCUUUGUAUUGCUGAACAUGUUCUUGGCUAUUAUUAAUGACACAUAUUCAGAAGUGAAAGCUGACUUUGCAGUGGUACCGAGUAAAGAAUUUGAGAUCAGUGACCUCAUUAGACAGAGUUACAAUAAAGCCCUUGUGAAACUCCGGCUGAAGAAAUCGAAGAUGGAGGAUUUGUAUCCGGCAGGUGGAAGCUUGCAAAGCAUGAAAAUCCAGGGGCAUUCUGCCUCCAAAACAGACGAUGCUUUGAAGCUUUCCAGAAGAUCUAGUGUGGACGAGAAGGGUUAUCUAAAGUCACCACAGCUACAGAAGUGGAAGGAGACACUUCACCGGAAGUAUCACUCCGCCGAGAAUAAGGAAUUGGCCAUGGCUCCUCAGGACCAAGUCUCUCCUCAGGAAUUUCAGCAACUUUUCAGAUACGCGACGGAACUGGAGAAGCGACUAAACGAGGUUAAUGCGAAGCUGAGCAGAGUUCUGAAAGGCAUGCCUGACCUGAAAGGCUCUCCAGACAAGAAACAGAGAUAGUGAGAAGUCUAUCUAAGAUUAAGGAUCAAGCUAAGGAGUGAAUGUGAAUACAGUAUGAACCCAAAGGAAUUUUAAAGGACCCCACAUUCUUUGCAGGACCUUGUAUUGAAGAAAAUAUCAUGAAACGAAACUACUGCAAUGAAAUAUAAAGAACCUUAACCUGUAUUGUCAUAAUAAAAGUCUAUACAAUGAAUGCCAGACGU